GCUCAAGGCUCCGCCAGCUGCCCCGGGCUUCCGUCGCCGCGGCUGGUCGUGGCGGAAAACUGGCGCCGCGCCAUCUGCUCGCAUCCGAUCGAGCGCCUCUGGCUCAAUCCGUCUCCGUCGGCCGAGCCCCGUUCGUGUGCGCGAUCUCCCGAAAGUUUUACGGUUGGGCCAUUCGGCCGUCCUUCACAUUCACCUCUCACCAUGGCGCCUACGGACGCCCCGUUCCCGAGUUCGGGUGUCUCCGCGCGUCGCUGGGCGCGGGUGAAGAACACCGCCAGGGGCGUGCCCAACAGGAGCGUCGACGAGGACGAGGAGCGCUCCGCGAGGCUGAGCCUCCGCCGCGCGCACUCCGACUCCAGCAUCGGGGCGCUCCACAGCGUGUGCGACUUGAGCACCUCGGCAUCCUCCCGCGAGGGGUCUGUAGUCGAUGCGGCGGCGCAGCGCGGCGGGCGCGCUCUUAACGAGGCCCUGCUCUGGGCGGACAUGGAGGACGAUGAGCCGUUCCUCCUGGACUGGCCCGGGAGUCCCAGCGCAAAGGCCGCCGCUCAGCAUCAGAGCCACCUAUGUGGGUGGCUGCCCUUCGCGGGCGAGAAUUGGGGGAAGAAGCCUGAGGACCACGACCAACACGUCGCGGGAUCCUGUCGACCCCGGUCUUCGCCAUGGACCAUGCUGGCCGUCGCCGAUCUGCCAGGAUGA